AUGGCUAAGUCAUAUGGAGCUCUCUUCCUCUUGGCCCUCAUUGUCUUCUCCUUGCUUCAAACCAUGGUUAUGGCCUCAAGUGGAUCUAGACUGAAGUAUAACCUGAAACGUUAUGGACCUGGAAGCUUGAAACUUUCCCAAUGUCCCAAAGAAUGCGAUAGGAGAUGUAGCCAGACACAGUACCACAACGCUUGCAUUUUGUUCUGCAACAAAUGCUGCAGAAAGUGUUUGUGUGUGCCUCCGGGGUACUAUGGGAACAAACAAGUCUGCUCUUGCUACAACAACUGGAAAACCCAAGAGGGUGGACCAAAAUGCCCUUAA